AUGGCCGCCAAACCCAAUUCCCGGCGUCCACCCCUAACAGUCCUCCGGGAACAGUUCCUCAGACCCAACCGCAACUCCAGACCUCCUCUCAGCUACGCCUCUCCUCCCAAACCCACCUCCUCCUCCUCAAAAUCCCAAUGCAGCAAAACCGCCCAAGCCAUGGCUUCCCUCAUCAACUCCACCCCAUGGUCACCUCACCUCCAGUCCUCCCUCUCCUCUCUCUCCCCCUCCAUCUCCACCACCACCGUCUCCCAAACCCUCCGCCGCAUCAAAACCCCCUCUCAAGCCAUCAAGUUCUUCAACUGGGUUGAAUCUCUCGGCUUCUCCCACACCUCCCACUCCUACUUCACCAUCCUCGAACUCCUCGGCCGCAACAGAAACCUCAACGCCGCUCGAAACUUCCUCUUCUCGAUUGAGAAGAGGUCCAACGGCAAGGUCAAGCUCGAGGACAAGUUCUUCAACAGCUUGAUCAGAAGCUACGGAGCAGCAGGGCUGUUUCAGGAGGCUGUGAAUGUCUUCAAGACAAUGAAGUCCAUGGGGAUUUCGGCCUCUGUAUUUAGUUUCAAUAGUUUGUUUUCGGUUUUGCUUAAGAGGGGUAGAACUAGUAUGGUGAGGAAUGUUUAUGAUGAGAUGCUUGGGAUGUAUGGAGUUGAGCCGGAUACGCAUACGUUUAAUAUUUUGAUCAGGGGGUUUUGUAUGAGCUCCAUGGUUGAUGAGGGGUUUUGGUUUUUUAAGGAAAUGGAGAGGUUUAAGUGUGAGCCGGAUGUUGUUACGUAUAAUACUCUUGUUGAUGGGUUGUGUAGAGAUGGAAAGGUGGAGAUUGCGAGGAAUGUGGUCAAGGGGAUGAUGAGUAAGAGCAGUGAAGGGGAGUUGAAUCAGUUGAAUCCGAAUGUUGUUACUUAUACGACUUUGAUUAGAGGGUACUGUGUGAGGCAAGAGGUUGAUGAGGCUUUGGGGGUGUUGGAGGAGAUGACUAGUCAGGGGAUGAAGCCGAAUGAGAUUACUUAUAAUACUUUGUUUAAAGGACUUUGUGAAGCAAAGAGGCUGGAUAAGAUUAAGGAAAUCUUGGAGGGGGCAAUGAGAGGUGAAGGAUUUACUCCUGACACGUGUACGUUUAACACGCUGAUGCAUUCACAUUGCAUUGCAGGGAACUUGGAGGAAGCAUUGAAGGUUUUCAGAAUGAUGUCAGAGUUAAAGGUCCCUCCAGAUUCAGCUACAUAUAGUGUUUUGAUACGCAGUUGGUGUGAGCGAAGAGAUUAUAGUAAAGCUGAGGAGUUGUUUGACGAGCUAUCCAAGAAACAAAUCUUGUUAAGUGAUUGUGGCUGUACGCCUAUAGUUGCGUCUUACAAGCCUAUAUUUGAGUACUUGUGUAGUAAUGGGAGAACUAAGAAAGCAGAUGAAGUGUUUAGGCAGCUACUGAAAAGAGGAACACAGGAUCCUCCAUCCUUCAAGACUUUGAUCAUGGGCCACUGUAGGGAAGGAACAUAUGAAGCUGGAUACAAGCUCGUAGUCUUGAUGCUGAGAAGGGAUUAUGUGCCGGAUGUCAAGAUUUAUGAUUCCUUAAUUGAUGGUUUCUUGGAGAAGGGUAAUCCCCUGCUUGCACAACAGACUCUUGAGAAGAUGCUGAAGAGCUCUCAUCUACCAAGAACGUCUACUUUCCAUUCUAUACUGGCAGCUCUUCUAGAAAAGCAUUGUGCCCGUGAAUCUGCAAGCCUUUUUAGUUUAAUGUUGGAGAAAAACUUUAGACCAAAUAUUGAUCUCUCAACAGAUCUUCUAAAGCUACUUUUCAGUGAGGGAUUGCAAGAGAAAGCAUUUAAGAUUGUAGGAUUGCUGCAUGAUGGUGGAUACUCGAUUAAAUUGGAAGAACUGGUCAAGUUCCUUUGCCAGAGCAGAAAGCUAUUAGAGGCAUGUGAGUUACUACAAUUCAGUCUGCGGAAGCAAGAAAAUGUCAGUAUUGAUAUUCUUGACCAAGUUAUAUUGGGGCUAUGUGAAAUCAAUAAGCUUCGAGAAGCAUUUGGCUUGUACUACGAACUGAUCGAGAAUGGUGACCAUGGGCAGUUGCCAUGCUUACAUCAUCUAAAAUCUUCCCUAGAGGUUGCAGGUAGAUCAGUUGAAGCUGACUUUGUCUCUAAAAGGAUGCCGAUACAUCAGCUGGUGGAUAAGUCUGGAAAGUCAAGACCUGAACUAUUUACAGCUCAUUUGGGCAUGGAUGAGAGAUUUCAGAUGUCGAAAGUACAAGGCAAUAGGAAUGGUUCUGCCAAGCAACUUCAUGUUCCUACACCAGGGAAGGCAACAGUUCUUGCAUUGGGUAAGGCCUUCCCGAGCCAAAUCAUCCCUCAGGAUUGCUUGGUCGAGGGCUACAUUCGCGACACGAAAUGUGCAGAUGUUGCCAUUAAGGAGAAACUAGAGCGACUCUGCAAAACCACAACUGUGAAAACCAGGUACACAGUGAUGUCAAAGGAGAUCCUAGACAAAUAUCCUGAACUAGCAACUGAGGGCACAACCACUAUCAGGCAAAGGCUUGAAAUCACAAACCCUGCAGUGGUAGAGAUGGCUUUUGAAGCAAGCCUUGCUUGCAUCAAGGAAUGGGGCAGACCGGUUGAAGACAUAACUCACAUUGUCUAUGUGUCCUCAAGUGAAAUAAGACUCCCUGGAGGUGAUCUUUACCUUGCCAGCAAGCUUGGCCUGAGGAACGACGUAGGUCGUGUAAUGCUCUAUUUCUUAGGCUGCUAUGGUGGUGUCACUGGCCUCAGGGUUGCCAAAGACAUAGCUGAAAACAACCCGGGAAGCCGGGUCUUGUUAACCACUUCUGAGACCACCAUUCUUGGUUUCAGGCCCCCCAACAAGGCGCGUCCUUAUGACCUUGUUGGGGCUGCACUUUUCGGAGAUGGAGCGGCGGCUGUGAUUGUUGGAAGCAACCCAGUUUGGGGCCAAGAGUCUCCUUUCAUGGAGCUUAACUAUGCUGUCCAACAAUUCCUCCCUGAUACACACAAUGUGAUUGAUGGAAGGCUCUCUGAAGAAGGCAUCAACUUCAAGCUGGGAAGGGACCUUCCUCAGAAGAUUGAUGAGAACAUUGAAGUGUUUUGCAAGAAACUCAUGGCAAAAGCUAAUCUCAAGGACUUCAAUGAGCUAUUCUGGGCUGUUCAUCCUGGUGGGCCUGCAAUCCUUAACAAGCUAGAGGGGACACUGAAGCUCACAAGUGACAAGCUUGAGUGUAGCAGACAGGCUCUGAUGGACUAUGGCAAUGUUAGCAGCAACACCAUUUUCUAUGUGAUGGAGAAGAUGAGAGAUGAGUUGAGGAAGAAAGAAGGGAGUGAAGAAUGGGGACUUGCAUUGGCUUUUGGACCUGGGAUUACAUUUGAAGGCAUUCUACUUCGCAGCCUCUGAUCUUAUGUGCUCUGAAGCUAUAUAUUGUCUCAAACGUAUAGGAGGAAUACUAUUAUGCUACAUCUAAGUUUGUUUUCUAGAAGAUGCAAGUCUUUCAAAUUUCAAUAUAGGAUGAAAAUGAAGCUUUUUACCUUUGUUUUUUUGGGCUAUGGAGAAAGAGAUGUAGCCAAAGGAUCAAUUACUAUUAACACUGGUUUGUGGGGGAUAUAUAUGAAUUUGGUAAU